AUGGCUUUUUACGGAAACCCGUACGGCAACUACCAGCCUUAUCCGCCUCCUCCUCCCGUUGGAGGCUUCUACGGAGGUGUUCCAACAGUUGUUCCUCCACCAAUCGUUCAUGCACCAAUUGUGGCUCCACCAAUUGUGGCUCCACCACCAGUCGUCAUCAUAGACGAUCACCAUCAUCACGGUUAUCAUCAUCACUAUGAGAUGUUCCAUCCGUUCCAUCAUUACGAUCAUCACCAUCAUCAUCACUGCUGA